AUGUCUAUGGAGGAGAGCAUAAGCUUGGAGGAGACCAACAAGAUCCGUAUCUCGCUUGGUCUCAAGCCUCUCACGGAUGACAAGGCUCCCGCGACCAACAAGGAGGCAGAGGCAGAGGACAACUAUACCAAACAACGAGACCGAGAAGCGAAGGAACGGGAGACGAAGGCUCUCCAGGAUCGGAUUGCAAAGCAGAGGAACAAGCGCGAGCUCAAUGCGAAGCUCAAGGGUGCCACCCUCGGCGAUGCGGACGGCUCCGUAGAUGACACCUUGAAGUGGAUCAAGCGAAGCAAGAAGAAGGAGAAGGAGCUGGCUAAGAAGAGGCAGGAAGAGCUCGAGAACAUGGACAAGAUGUUCCAGGGAGAUGACUAUACAGAGAAGGACCUCGAGGGUCUCAAAGUCAGCCAUGACUUUGAAGGCAUGGAGGACGGCGAAGCUCGGAUAUUGACGCUGAAGGACAGUCGUGUAUUGGAUAACGAAGAGGACGAACUUCAGAAUGUGGAUAUGGCGGAACGUGAGCGCGACAAGAAGAACCAGGAUCUGAAGAUCAAACGGCGAGACUACACUGGCUACGACGACGACGAAUUCGCACCUGGUGCCGAUCCUAUGAAGCGCUCCCUGUUGUCAAAAUACGACGACUUCCUAGAGGGACCCAAAGAAACGGGUUUCCGGCUGGGUAGUUCUUCAUCUGCUCCUCGCGACAAGAGAAAGGAAGAGGUCGAGAAGGCCGUGGCCGUGAACAAGUCUUUGUUGUCCAUAGACUACGCUAAGAACCUCGAGUCUGCGGAUUAUAUGCAACCGGGCGAUGUAGGAUUCAAGAAGCCCAAAACCAAGAAGAAACGGUCAUCUCGUCGGCCGAACGUCGAAGACUCGGACCUCACCGCCAAUGUUGGCGACGACCUCAUGCAGGUAGACGAGAAACCCAUUGUCCCUCGACAACGUAAUUUGGAUGCCAAUUUCGUAGAUGACGACGAACUACAAGCUGCUCUCGCGCGCUCUCGCCGCGCCAAGCUGCAGAAGCCGAAGAAACUGUCUUCGGAGGAAAUUGCAAAGCAGAUCGCGGAGCAGCGUGCACAGUCUGAAGCCAAGGAGGCUAUCAUGGUCGAAGAUGAUGAAGCCGCCGAUGGUGGUCUGACAAUUGACGACACCUCAGAGUUCGUCCGCGCCAUCACAUACGAUCCAACGGCGGUCAAGAAGGAACCCGUCGAAACUUCCGUUGCAGCCUCGAGACAGCCGUCUACGCCUCCAACCGCGACGAAGUCGGAGGAUGUGGAGAUGGAUGAGCUCGAAGCAGGCGAGGUCAUCGUGAAGGAAGAAGACGAUGACGAGGCCAUGCUCAAUGCCAUCGAGAACGCCAUUUUGCAAGCCGAAGUGGCGAACGUUGAACCAGCGUCAGCUGCAGCCGACGCUGGCGUCGGAACCUCCGAAGAGCAAAGCUUCGGUUCCGGAAUGGCCGCGACCCUCAACAUCCUGCGUCAACAGGGCGUCCUCGCCAGGCCGAAGGCGGACGACGCUGAACGGGAACAUGUGCAGCUUCAACGCGACCUGUGGCUCGCGAACUACAGGCAGAUGGUCGCACAGCGGGAACUGGAGCGCACGAAGAUGCGGGGCGGCAAUAAGGACCAGGCGACCCGGGAGUACGAGAAUCGGAUGCGGGAGCAACAGGAGGCACGGCAAAACCUUGAGGCGUUCAAGCACUACAAGCCGGACGUGAACAUCGUGUAUUACGACGAGUUCGGCCGUGCGCUCACUCCGAAAGAGGCUUGGAAGGCACUUUCGCAUAAGUUCCACGGCAAGGGCUCCGGCAAGGGGAAGACGGAGAAGCGCUUGAAGAAGAUCGCCGAGGAGCGCAAGAAGGAGGCCAUGGCGAGCGGCGACACCCCGCUGAGCAUGAACCAGGCUUUCCAGAUCCGCCAGGAGAAGGCUGGCCAAGCGCACUUCGUCCUGUCAGUCGGCAACAGAGGGGCUGUCCCACAGGCCGCGGAGUUUUUCGACAGCCAGCCGCUCACUAAGGGUGCGGGCAAGACUGAGAAGAAGAAAAAGAAGCAGGCCGGCAAGGACGCGAUACCUCAGCUCGAUUCAACCGGUUUCAUGACGCUCCCCGCACCGAUGCCCAACACCAGCAGCCCUGCCCCUGGCAUGUCCGCAGGCAGCUCCCCUGCCCCACGCCCCGGCUUCUCGCGCAUUUCCACCGCUGCCGAGGUCGACACCUCGCAGGAGGCGACCUCCGUUUCUUCCCAACGUACCAAGGUCGUCAUUGGCCUCGGCGCAAAGCGCAAGGCGGCCGCGGACGCGCAGGGCACCCCGCCUCCCAAGAGCGUGAAGCGGUAA